CUUUGGUAAAUCCUCCCCUUUUGACUUAAUGAAAGCAGUCGCAACAGCAGCAGCCCCAGCAGCAGCAGCAGCCCCAGCAGCAGUAGCAGCCCCAGCAGCAGCAGCAGCAGCCCCAGCAGCAGCAGCAACAACAACAACACAGCAUGUCUUUCAAUAAUACCCAGCACACUUACCAGAAUCCGCUCAUUCCAUUCUCUGGACCUAUCCAUGGUGGACUUCAGGAUGGGCAUGAGGUCAUUGUCAAUGGGUCGGUCCUUUAUUCCUUUCAGAAAAGAUUUUCUGUGAAUUUUCAGUGCGGGUUCGAUGGAAACAACAUUGCCUUUCAUUUCAACCCUCGGUUUGAUGAUAGUGGUUAUGUUGUGUGCAACACAAAGCAGUAUGGUAACUGGGGGCCCGAGGAGAGGAAGAUGCAGAUGCCUUUCCAGAAGGGGAUGCCUUUUGAAAUUCUGUUUCAGGUCGAGAGUACAGCCUUCAAGGUGAUGGUCAAUGGGAAUCACUUUCUCCAGUACCAGCACCGGAUCCCUCUGCACCAAGUGGAUACCAUCUCGAUUGAUGGCAUAGUGAAAGUGUCCUACAUCAAUUUCCAGAACACCAGAUUUAUUCCAGUUCAGCCUUCCUGUUUUGUCCAUCAUGCAACGACAGCAAAAGCUCCACUUAGGUUCAAAUCCAAAACUAAAAAAGUUUUCCAUGACGUCCACUCUGUUCCCCCAGCGGCCAAUGCACCUGUUUUCCCACCUACGGUGUACAGCAAUCAGUUCUUUUCCUUACCUUUCUAUGCACCAAUCUUUGGAGGAUUCUACCCAUCCAGGAACAUCACUAUAUCUGGCACCAUCCUGCUUACUGCUGACAAGUUCACAAUUAAUCUGAGGUGUGGGCAAGACAUUGCCUUCCAUAUGAACCCACGAUUUAAGGAGAAUGCCGUGGUCCGGAACACACAGAUUAACCACUCAUGGGGAUCUGAGGAGCGUGGUCUGCCCAGUUUCAUGCCCUUCAUCCGAGGCCAGGCCUUCAUGGUACUGAUCAAAUGUGAAAUCAACUGCUUCAAGGUGACUGUCAAUGGGCAACACCAGUUUGACUACAAUCACCGCAUGAAAAACCUGAGCUCUAUCGACAAGCUGGAGGUGUCUGGAGACAUCCAGCUGACCACAGUGCAGGUCUCAUGAAGGGCUUCCCACCCAGGUGUCCCAGGUGCAGGUGUCUGAUAAUGAAGGGUCUCCCAGACAGGUGUCCCAGGUGCAGGUGUCUGAUAAUGAAGGGUCUCCCAGACAGGUGUCCCAGGUGCAGGUGUCUGAUAAUGAAGGGUCUCCCAGACAGGUGUCCCAGCCUGAAUCUUUCUUCUCUCCCUCCCAUCCUCACUUCUCCCUAGCUUAUUGGACUCUACGGCCCAAGCUCUCCCCUCACCCCCAAUCAGCGAGGUGUUGGAGUUAGCUUCUCUCCUCUUUUGGGGAAGGCAGAGAAGGGACAUAUCUUUGUUUCUCCCCGGGCUUCUUGUCCACAAUCAGUAGGAUGAAUACCUUCCUGAGGCAGGGUUGUUGACUUCUCAACAAUGGCAGAAUGGUUCACCUUCUAACCUGGUUACUGUUGUUUCAGGUGUGAUCUUUUUUUUUUUUUUUUUUUUAGUGAGGCAAUUGGGGUUAAGUGACUUGCCCAGGGUCACACAGCUAGUAAGUGUGUCUGAGGUCGCAUUUGAACUCAGGUACUCCUGACUCCAGGGCUGGUGCUCUAUCCACUGCACCACCUAGCUGCCCCAUGGUGUGAUCUUUUGCUAUUUUAGUGCAGAACAGGGGCCUCAGAGGUCACCAUUCCUCUCACUCCAGAUUGGAGCCCCUACCUCAACAUCUUUUCCGAUUUGAGCCCCACUGCUCCCACUCUCUUUACGUGGAGCCAGUUGUUUCUCUUCCAUUCCCUGUUACUCUACUGUGGCUCCAUCAAUAACCCCUUUGUCCUUCCUGGUGCCUUUAAGACCCUGGACCUCCUCAGUGCCUCGUUAUGUGCCCAGAGCUUUCCCUAUUCCUUAUGAAGCCCUCUUCCUCCAGGGAGUACUCUCUGAUAAGUGGGAGUUCUCCUGCCCCUCUCCACCUGGGUGACCCAAGCCAUCCUAACCCAAUCUCUGUGACCACAUUAUUCAAAGAAUGUGAAGCAAUACCUGCUUGGUUUUUUGUACACUCUAACUCCUGCUCUUUGGAUUCUGCUUCCUGAGGGCAGGAGCCAUGUCUUAACUAUACUUUGUAUCUUGGUACUGCCCAACCCAGUCAUAGGUAUACAGCAAGUUCUUAAUAAAAGUUUGUUAUGUGGUACUGA